GGCAGGCGCCGCAAGCGGGUGAAAGAUGGCGGAGGGUGGCCGUGCGGAGCCGGAGGAGCAGGAGCGUGGGUCCUCCAGGCCACGGCCCCCAAGUGCGCGGGACUUACAGUUGGCCUUGGCAGAAUUAUAUGAAGAUGAAAUGAAAUGCAAGUCUUCCAAGCCUGACAGAUCCACACCUGCAACCUGUAGGAGCCCACGAACACCGCCACAUCGGCUUUAUUCAGGUGAUCACAAAUAUGAUGGAUUACAUAUAGUUCAACCUCCAACUGGGAAAAUUGUGAAUGAACUUUUCAAAGAGGCAAGGGAACAUGGAGCUGUCCCUCUAAACGAAGCCACAAGAUCUUCAAGGGAAGACAAAACUAAGUCAUUUACAGGUGGAGGAUACAGAUUGGGGAAUUCCUUCUACAAGCGAUCAGAGUAUAUCUAUGGGGAAAAUCAGCUCCAAGAUGUUCAGGUUUUACUGAAGCUGUGGCGCAAUGGUUUCAGUUUAGACGAUGGAGAAUUGAGGCCUUACAGUGACCCAACAAAUGCUCAGUUUUUGGAAUCUGUUAAGAGAGGAGAGACUCCCCUGGAGCUUCAGCGACUGGUCCAUGGCGCCCAAGUGAACCUGGAUAUGGAGGAUCAUCAAGACCAAGAGUACAUAAAACCCAGGUUGCGAUUCAAGGCUUUUAGUGGAGAAGGGCAAAAACUUGGAAGCCUUACACCUGAAAUCGUCAGUACUCCUUCCUCCCCAGAAGAAGAGGAUAAAUCAAUACUGAAUGCAGCUGUUCUUAUUGAUGAUUCAAUGCCCACCACAAAAAUUCAGAUCAGGUUGGCAGAUGGAAGUCGUCUCGUACAGAGAUUCAAUAGCACACACCGGAUUCUGGAUGUACGAGACUUUAUAGUACGGUCACGUCCUGAAUUUGCGACUACUGACUUUAUUCUUGUGACUUCAUUUCCAAGUAAAGAACUAACAGAUGAAACCGUGACACUACAAGAAGCGGACAUUCUUAACACUGUGAUACUCCAACAGCUAAAAUAGUAUUGCUCCAACCCGUGUAGUGGCAUAUAGGAAUAGGUAAUGUUGUGUGUAUUAGUAAAGUACUUCCAGCAUAAAACAACCAGAUUAUUUUUAUUAUUCAGAAAUUCUGGUUUUCCUGUUAUUCUGUCUUUCAGUCUUUGUCUAGAUAAAUUUAGACUAAGGAUAGAUCUUGAUGUUUGAAUUCUUAGUUGUAGGGCUGGCUUGUAUUGAUAGCUUAUAAAUGUUUAGAUCAGUCAACUUAUUACAUGCUCAGUGCUAAAUGUAAUAACAUUUUCAGAUGAAAUGAACAGAACCCCUUUUUGGUAAGUGUAUUUGAUAAAAUUUGCACUCAAGUUUCUUAAUGUAGCAGUGACCAGUAGCCAGAAAGGAUCCUUCUCUGUAAUAUAUGCCAUAGUGUCUCCCCUGAUUUUGAAAUUGUUUGUUCAUACAACAAUUAAGAUUUUGCAUAUUCUUUUUGCAUAUUGUUUAAACCAUGCUAGUACCACAAAAUAUAUUUUGUCCUUGUGUUUUAUAAAAUUACAACUGUCAUAAACUGAAUUUUAAUAGAUAAAAAAGUCAUCAGCUCUUGGUAAGAUGUGAUAAACAGCACUUUAGCAUCAAGAAAUUAUCGUCCUUUCCAGAGCCUGUCUGGAUCACAGUUGUUCACUCAUUCAGCAUUUUUAUAGGGACUCUGUUACACACACAAACACCGUUGGAGGUGUCCAACACAUAGUCUGUUCCUCAGUGUAGGAACUCAGUCUGAGAGACUGAAGUGAAAAUUACCAGCAAGAUGUUUGUGUUUCCCUAGUCCAGGCACUUCUUGGAUAGCUUGGGAAAUAUCAAAACUGACAGAAACACUUGUUUGCCCCCUGAGCUCCUCCUAUCCGUGGUCACCAUUUCUCUGUCAUUUCCUGUUGUUGAUAUAAGAAAGUACAGAAUUUGUGACUGAAGUAGCACCGGUUUAGAACUAUGUAAGUGGAAAGUGAACACGUUUCUCUGCUAGCAUCUAGGUGUUGGUGGGAUUGCAUGGUGGCUCCAGAGAAUUCCGCCCUGGCUGCUCAGCCUCCAGAGACCACUGUGCCCCUUCCCCGUGGUGCUCUCCAUCAUCAACAGCCAGCAUUGCGGCUCUGUGACAAUGAUAGGAUAGGAAGGAGCACAGGGCAAGUCGUUGGCACUGCCGAGUGUGAACUUUAUAGUAACCUUGGUCAUUCUUCAGAGUUGCUCUUCUCUUUGGAGGGACUGACAUGCAUUUUUACCCGAGUCCACACCGUCUCCAAGAUUCACUUGCCAAAUAAACUCACCCCACUCACAGGUGCUCAGGUAUCCCAGCCUGGUACAUUGAUUCCAGCUCCAAAACCUUACCUGGAUUUUAUUGACUCAGAAGUCCCAAAUCUCAUUAAGAUUAUCUACAUUAAGUGUGUGUGUGUGUGUGUGUGUGUGUGUGUGUGUGUGUGUGUGUGUGUGUUGGGGGGGGGGCGGCUUUGACAGUACAAUUGUCUGCUCACAAGUUAAUGGCAGGACAAUUAUAAACUAUGCUAUAAACAUUGACCUGUAAAGGGGCAGGAGGCAGUGGAAGCGGAGUCACUGGUGUCAAGAACACAGAAUCAGCCAGACACACCAUUCACCAUCUAAGGCCCCAGGCUGAUGUGCAGCUGCACAGCUCAGGCCUCUGAGUUUUGGCUGUCCCUGUCACCUUCCUUUCACAGAAGCCACUCAGCUCGCUUCUUCCUUCUUCUAUGGUACUGUGUACUCUUCAUGCUAAGAUAGCAAAGGUCUGUCAAGAAACCGCAGGAUCUCCUGUGAGCCUUGGAGACUAGGCCCACUAAGUAGGACACACUUCCAAGCAUCUUUCUGUGUAACAGAAAUAAUCCCGUCUCUAAUUUUUACUUUUUCAGAGAAAAAGGAACUGUGUCAUAUGCAUAAUCUCCUCAGAGAGAACUUUGACUGAAUAUGCAUACCUUUUUGUUAGAUGUGCGUUGGGGUGGGCAAGCCUGAAUGUGAUGGUGGCCAUCUUCCUCAGUUUCUUUCCACCUUAUUCAGGCAGGGUUUCCCAGUUACAACCAGAGUUCACCAUUGCACCUAGUUUGGCUAGCCUGCCCUAGGGAUUUCCUGUCUCUGUCUUCUGAGUGCUGGAAUUGUAGGCAACCAUCCUACCCACCCCACAAGACAAGCACUUUAGCUACUGAGCCAUCUCCUCUGCCCUUCCCCUGCUCUCACAUUCUCUAAAGAUUUACAGUCACCUCCUCAUUUCUUUCUAUACAUCAGGUUGUCCUGACAGUGCUGUCAUUUUUUAAGUGUUAGUAGUUGUUUACAUACACAAAGUAUUCUACCAAGCCCUGCUUUCUCUUUAUAAAUCACCUCUCCACACACUGUUUCUGUUUACUAUCAAACUCUAUUACAACUAGCAAAGAGAACACAGGUUAACGUUUACUUGAAAAAUUCAGCUUAGUCUUAAACUCAUCAUACAAAUUCUGUUUGUCACAUACCUGCCCAGCUGCACACUGUGGCUGUAUGGAAUGUCUGAGUCUGUAGCCACAUCUACCUUCUGGGAUUGUCCCAGCAGCAGGCUCCACUUCUUCCUGGUUAGCUGGAAUGUGCUGUAGGGACCCAGGGUUCUCUGGUUAUUGCAAGGAAAUGAGCUGGGAUUUUUGCUUUGUAGUCUUUGAAACAGGGUCUUGCUAUAUAGUCCCUGGCUGGUCUGGGAUUCAUUAGGUAGACCAUGCUGACCUCAAACUCAGAUCUGCCUGCCUCUACCUCCUGAGUGCUAGGAUUAAAGUCCUGUGUCAUCUGAGAGCUAAGAUUUUAAAUACUUGAGUCUGUUGCAACAAGAUCUCUGGAGAAUUUUUCUCAGUCAUAUAGAAAACAAACACUUCAGAAUCUUUCCUCUCACUAUACAGACUCUGCCCUGCCCCUUUUCCUGUGUUAAGUACAAUGUGGGUAACAGUUGUAGCUCAAAAGAUUACUAAAGCCAGCUGUGGGCACACACGCCUGAUCCUACCACUAAGGAAAGACCACUGGAGACCAGCCUAGGCUACAGUAUAAAACUGCCUUCAAAACAAAACAAAACAGGAAAACACAUAAUUUCAGAUGGAGGAAAAGUAGUGCCAGAGAGAUGGAAUCAGUAGGUAGAGCAGGGAUGAGGAGCAGAACCUGCAGGCCCAGAAUCCAUGUCAGUCCCAGCAGCUAUGUGGCCACCUGUAGUCUCAGGACGGGGCAGGCAGAAGUGGUGCUGUCUGGAACAGGGGGCUAACUAGACUGGCUGGAUUGGGUACUUCCAGACUCCGCAAGAGGUCCUUCUUCAAUAACUAGAGAACAAUCAGGAAGUCGUGGUCAGCUUCAGCCCUCUAGGCACACACACACGUAUGGGCAUACAUAAUCCUGGGGUUGCCUCCUCCCCAACAUACAUGUGCAAAAAAAAAAAAAAAGCAAAAAUGGAGAAAUACCUUAAUCAUUGGAAACAAAUGGGCAUUACCUGUUUUUAAAAUGGGAAAAAAAAAUCUCUAAACCUUUAAAAUAAUUUGAAUUUUUCUUGUAGUGUUUUUAUCCAUUAUAUGGAAUGCCUACAGGUGCAUAUACAAAAAGGAUGGCUGCUGUUUUUGUGCACAAUUGUUUUCCAAAAGACAGAGGUGUGCAUUAGGACAAAGAAUCGAAUGCCUGCAUGGAUGACGGGGACUUUGACAGCGACUCCAGUGUAUGCUUUAUUGAGAAUCCACAUAUACUCUAGGCACCAUAACU